AUGGCUGCCGACAAGGACAUGGACCAGGCACACAUCCAGAGGCUGCUGGCGGCGCUGACGCUGGAAGAGAAAUGUUUCCUGGUAGCAGGCAAGAACAUGUGGGAGACGGCAUCGGUGCCACGGCUGGGCAUAGCCAGCAUCAAGACGACAGACGGGCCAGCGGGCGUGCGAGGCGCCACCUGGACGGACGGCACGCACACGACAUACAUUCCGUGCGGCAUAGCGUUGGCGGCGACGUUUGACGGCGACCUGGUCGAGCGGGUGGGCCAGGUGUUGGGCGCGGAGACGCGCAGCAAGGGUGCCCAUGUGCUGCUGGCGCCGACGAUGAACAGCAGUCGGUCGCCGCUGGGCGGCCGCAACUUUGAGAACUGGGGCGAAGAUCCGCUGCUGACGGGCGUGCUGGCCGCCCAUUACAUCCGGGGCGUGCAGACCGUGCCGGCAGGUGGCCGCGGCGUCGGUGCCUGCAUGAAGCACUACGUCGCCAACGAUAUGGAGACGCGUCGCUUCAACAUGGACGAGGCCAUCGAUACCCGCACCCUCCAUGAAAUCUACCUGCGUCCUUUUGGUCACGUGCUGCGACGAUCCGACACGACGCCCUGGACGGCCAUGGCGGCCUACCCCCGGAUUAAUGGCGCGCACGCGGACGCGAGCCGGCCGCUGCUGGACGACGUGCUGCGCCGUGCCUGGCACUUUGACCGCCUCGUCAUGAGUGACUGGGGUGGCCUGAACGACACGGUCGACAGCCUCGUCGCCGGCACCGACCUCGAAAUGCCCGGCCCACCCAUCCGCUAUGGUCAGCCGCUGCUGGCUGCCGUGCAGGCCGGCCGCGUGACCGAACACCAGCUCGACCAGUCUGUCCGGCGCGUGCUCGAGCUGGUCGCCCGAGCAGGCGCUCUGCAGACGGAAAAGGCAGAGGCCCAAAGCCCGGAACAGGACGCAGACCUGCCCGCGUUUCGUCAGACGGCACGUGAUGCUGCCACAGGAGGGAUCGUCCUGCUGCAGAACGACAACGACACGCUGCCGCUGGACAUGCGUCGGCUCGGCCGGCUCGCCGUCAUCGGUCCCAACGCGGCCACGCCGACGACAGGCGGCAGCGGCAGCGCCUCGGUGAAUCCCUAUUAUGUGACGACGCCGCUGGGUGCGCUGACCGAAGCGGCCCAAAAGGUUGACAGCGCUGUCGAGAUCGUGCACGCGCCCGGCAUCUUGACCAACGCCCAGACCGGCCAGGCCCGGCUGUUUGUGGACGGCAUGCUCGUCAUCGACAACGCCGGCUGGACCGAGGCUGGCGGCUCUUUUAUGAACUGCGGCUCGGCCAACAAGCUGGCCACGCUGUCGCUGCAGGCCGGUCAGUCAUACCGCUUCCGCGUCGACAACGUCGUCGUGCCACCGCCGCUGCCGCCCCACGAUAACACGCUCUUCCACACGCUCUCGGGCCUGCGCGUCGGCCUGCAGCGUCGCAUCGAUGAGGACGGCCUGCUCGCGGCUGCCGUCGAAGCGGCCCGUUCUGCCGACGCCGUCGUCCUCGUGCUUGGCCACAACAACGACACGGAAAAGGAGGGCGUCGACCGCACAUCGCUCGCGCUGCCGCGCCGCUCCGACGAGCUGGUCGCCGCCAUGGCCCAUGCUCUGCACGAGAAAGAUGCCUUCUCUCACACCCAUACGCCCUUUGUCGUCGUCGUGCAGUCGGCCUGUGCCGUUGCUAUGCCUUGGGCAGGUCACGUGCCCGCCAUCAUCCAAGCCUGGUACCAGGGCCAGGAGAACGGCAACGCGCUCGCGGACGUGCUGCUCGGCCGCGUCAGUCCCAGCGGCCGUCUCCCGGUCACGUUUCCACGUCGUCUCGCCGACCACGGGUCUGAUCGCUGGUUUCCCGGCGACGUCGCUGCUGAUCGCGCCGUCUACGGCGAGGGUGUCUUGGUCGGCUACCGCUGGUUCGACGCCCACCAGAUCGAACCGCUCUGGCCCUUUGGCUUUGACUUGUCCUACUCGUCCUUCCGUCUCGACCGCGUCGCUGUCUCUGGCUCCAUUGCCGCCGACCGUGCUGCCCACCUCUCGGCUACCGUCACCAAUACCGGCGGCCGCGAUGCCGCUCACGUCGUCCAGGUCUACAUCGCACCCUCGCCCGCCAUCGCUGCCGCCGGCCUCGACGUCGCCCCCCGCACCCUCGCUGCCUUUGCCAAGAUCGCCGUGCCCGCUGGCCAGGCCCGCAGCGUCUCCAUCGCCCUCGAUCGCCACGCCGUCGAGUGGUUCGACGUCGCGGCCGCCCGCCCCGACCUUCCCCACGACAUCGGCGGCGCCUGGCGCGUCGAUCCCGGCGUCUACACGUGCUACGUCGGUUCCAGCUCGCGCCAUUUUGACGCCGAAGUCAGCGUGGUGGUUGAGUAG